AUGGGAGAGGAGAGGGGUAGCAGUCCACGACCCCUGGUUGCUUAUCCUUCCAGCAGCGAUGACGAAGAUGCUUCUGCUCCUACAUACCCACACAAAACCCGGCAUACAAAAUGCGCCAAAUAUUGUUGUCGCAUCACAAUCUGCAUGCUAAUCAUAUCAGUCGUUCUAACCGUAAUUCUGUCGUUCACUGUGUUCCGCAUCGAAGACCCUAUUCUCAAAAUAAAUGUCGUAAAGGUCACUGAGCUGGAGCUAAUGUACACCACCAUCCCUAUGCCUGGGGCCAACAUGUCACUGUUUGCCGACGUGUCCGUGAGAAAUCCCAACGUGCUGCUGUUGUUCACAUACGGCAACACAACCACAACAUUGUAUUACCAUGGCAUAGUGGUCGGAGAGGCACGAGGGCCGGCGGGGCGUGCCGGGCCGUGGCGGACAGUGAGAAUGAAUGUUACGGUGGAUGUUAGCACCGACCGGCUUAUCUCCUACCAGAAUGUGAACAAGGAUGUGAGGUCGGGGCUAUUGACGAUGAGCAGCUAUUCGAGGAUUCCGAGUGGGCGAGUUGAGGUGUUUAAGGUUUUUAAGAAACGUGUUAAUAUUCUGAGUAUGAAUUGCUCCAUCACAUUUAAUAUUUCAAGCCAAGCGAUUGAAGAACAGAUAUGCAAGUCCUAG